GAAUGAAAUUAUAAUAAAAUAUGAAGUUCAAAAAUAAGGUUGCAGACCUCCCUGAGAAUGCACUUGAAGAAGAUUUUGACAUUGUCAAAGGCUCGUACGCUCAAAUUCAAGCUAGGACCUGGUAUAGAGAUUCUCACGGCCUCUUUGAUUACGAUUCCAAGAACGUUGUGAAGUCAAAGACUAUUUAAAGCAUUCCAGUCAUGCCUCCUGAACAAAAUGGCUGAUGAUAAAAUUUUUCCAAACACUGAACUAAAUUCAUUAGAACAUCCGAUUGAAAACCAAGAUUUCUCAGUAUCUGUUGUCUAUAUAAACGGGAAAUACUUCAUGCAGAAUGAUAAAGGAUACACCUGGAGAGUGUUGAAGUCUCCAAAAAGAUAUCCUGGCCUAAAAUGGAAGCCAGAAAAAUUGGGAAAAGGAGACAUCCUCAAGCUUGGUAGAUAUAUUUAUGAGGUAAAAGUCAUAUCAUCAAAAAGUGUCAACAAUGAUCGUGAAGAAAGUCUUGAUAACACUGAGAUCGAAGGCAGAAAUGGAGAAAUAAGACUCAGUCAUCAGCUCAAUAUGAACAGAGGGGCUAGUGUCAAUACAGCAUUAGACUGAAUGGAAAAAGAUGAGCCAAGAUGUUCACAAAGAGAAGUUCCAGAAAAUGCAUCCCAGCAAAGUAAAGGGGAAAUGCUUUGAAGGAUAUGCUUAUCUGAAGAUUCUGAUAAUGACAACCCAAUGAUCUCUCCUUGAAAAUGCUCUGGGACCAUGAAGUAUAUUCAUCUUGAUUGUUUAAAAGAGUGGCUCAGCUCAAAAAGAUCAGAGAAGAAAGGAACCUACUUCAGCUCAUAUCUUUGGGAAAAUGUGUACUGUGAGCUCUGAAAAGACAAUUUUACAGAAAACGUCACAACUCAAUUUGGAGUAGUCAAUAUCCUAGGAAUUGAGACUCCAACAAGUAAUAAUUAUAUUAUCUUGGAAGCUCUAAAUAGCGAGGAAGUUCUACGUAAAAAUACAAAAAUGGUACAUAUCAUUGACUUCAAAAAACUCAAAAAACUAAAUGUUGGAAGAGGUCAUGACAACCAUGUCAGAAUAACAGAUAUUAGCAUUUCUAGAUUACACUGUAAAUUAAUAUGAAUGAAGAAGGAAAUAUACCUAGACGACCAAGGGUCAAAGUUCGGAUCCCUCAUUGCAGAGCAAAAGCCAAUAGAUCUUUCAAAACUCGGCUCUGAUGGUCUUAUCCAAGUUGGGAGAACUUUAUUAAUAACAUCAGUUUCAAAGGCCAAAAUAUGAUGAUGCAAAACAUUUAAAACAUCCAAAGCGACUUUUGGCGUACAAUAUUCAAAAUAUAUGACCAUUUUUCCUUCUAUCUAUCAGAAUAUCUAUGAGAAAGAGUUUCCUUUGAUGUUCAGGAAGAAAUUUGAGCAAGAUCGGAGUGAGAUGAUGUCAUGAGAAGACCUACUUCAAAGGAAGAAACAAAAGAUUGAUGAUAUUAAUUACAAUACUCAAGAUAGAGAUCAACAAAACUAUGAUUUUCAAACUCAAGGCGCUGGAAGAGAAGGCAGGAAUAAUAAUGCGAUGCAAACUCAGACUCUCAUCCUGCCAUUCACCGAAAAUCACCAUUCUUCAGACAGCAGAAAUGAUGACUCAAGAAGAAAUAGUAGAGACUCUCCAGACGAAGUAAACAGUAUCAACGAUUCUGAAGUAGACCACAGAUUCCUCAGUGAUGAUGAGGAAGAAAACAAGAAAAGUAGGAAUCUCAAUGAAGAAGCCAAGAAUUCAUCGCUCAACCAAGGUCCAACUCUGAUGGAAAAACAACCCUCGAUAAUGGUACAGAAUACAUCUCAAAACGAAGAAAUUAAUGAAAAUAAUAUCUCUCGAAGCUCAGCUAGUAAGAAAAAGAGUGAAUUAGAUGGAAUUCAUGAAUUUAUUGACGAGUUAAAUGAUGAACUAAAAUCUAUAGAUCAGCUUGCCAGGAAUAACCAAAUCGAUAAUGAAGAGUCUAAAAGCCAAAAUGCCAACUCAAGGAGAGAUCACAUGAGUAGUCAAAAUAGCAAUAUCAGAGAUGAGAGUCUUAUUAUCCAAAAGCGGGAGAGGAUGAACAAGACUUCAAAUCUUUCUAAAAUAGAAAAUAGUAAUUCAAGCAAUUUAGCCCCUCAAAACAUAUCCUAUUCAGAAGCAAGACGAGUAGAGGAAAUGCCAGAAAUAGCUCAAAUAGAUGAAUCGCAUGGAUCUAUUGAAUAUUAAAUCUAUUUUCAAAACUAUUGUCAAUGUUCAAUAAGGAUCUUUGAUAAAAGGCUCCUGAUCCUUACAAAUCUCUAAUGUAUCAUUCAAAUGAGUCCGAAAAGUUUGGGAUAUAGACUCAGAAAGUUAGAAAUUAUUUCAUUUGCUCUUCGUUUUCUUAUCUAAUUAGUUUCACCGAUAUUUUAAUUUGU